AUGAUAAGAUUCAGGCUGGGGAAACCUAAGCUUGCAUCGUGGGACAAAUUGAAGAAACAUAUGAAGAAACAAUUUCUGCCUUAUAAUUAUAAACGAGAUGAUGGAGAUGGAGGAGCAGUUGGUGUCACGAGGGCAAUACAAAUAGAGAAGCAACAGUCCAUGAAAACUACUAGUCCUUUCAUUGCAAGGAGUUCUUCUAGUAACCCACAACAGCAGGUGGCACGUCCUGGUAAUCCUGCUCAAUCUGGUCCUCCUAGAACAAAUCCUACCCAACAAUCAACACGUCCUGGGGUUGGUAUUCGUUGUUUUGGAUGCGGAGUUACAGGCCACAGGCAGUCUGAGUGUCCAAAGAAUCCGCGCAGGGAACUCUUUGUUGAUGAGGGAAAUGGCGAUUAUGAAGGUCCGCCUGUAUUUGACGGUGAGGGCGAAGAAGAAGCAACAAAAGAGGAAGAGUUUGUGGUUGGUGAUGUGGGUCAGGCACUGGUGGUGAGGAGGAGUUUCCUGACUCCUUUGGAGAAUAAUACUGAUUGGUUGCGUAAUAAUAUCUUUCAAUCAACAUAUACCGUUGGAGGGAAGGUGUGCAAAUUUGUUAUUGAUACUGGUAGUUGCGAGAAUGUGGUGGCUGAGGAGGUCGUUAAGAAGCUGGGUUUGCAGACUGAGAAACAUCCCAAACCUUAUAAAUUAGCCUGGCUGAAAAGAGGCAAUGGCGUAGAAGUGUCUCAAUGUGCUAGAAUCAGCUUCUCCAUCGGACCUACCUACAAGGAUCAAGUCUUAUGUGAUGUAGUAGAGAUGGAUGCAUGUCAUUUACUAUUAGGGAGGCCGUGGCAGUUUGACAGGCACUCACUGCAUGAUGGAUAUACCAACACGUACAGCUUUCUGUUUGGGGGAAAGAAAAUUGUGUUACUACCGGAUAAGGGUUCAGUACAGACAGUUGGGAACAAUGCCAAUUUACUGACCAGAAAGAAGUUCGAGACAGAGAUGGAGGAGUCUGGGGUAGUGUAUGUGCUGAUUGGAAAGUCGGUUGACAGUGAGCAUGAAGUCCCUCUCGCAGUUCAGCCAGUGCUAAAGGAGUUUCAUGAAGUUUUCCCAGAAGAGCUUCCUGAUGGACUACCACCACUGUGGGAUAUUCAGCAUCAGAUUGACUUGGUUCCUGGAGCUGCCCUACCUAAUCGGGCGCAUUACAGAAUGAGCCCCACUGAGCAUGAAGAGUUGCGCAGGCAAGUUGAGGAGCUUCUGGCAAAAGGACACAUCAGGGAGAAUCUUAGUCCUUGUGCUGUUCCCGCUCUUCUCACACCGAAGAAGGAUGGCAUGUGGCACAUGUGCGUGGAUAGUAGGGCAAUCAAUAAGAUUAUGGUGCGUUACCGCUUUCCUAUUCCCCGCCUAGAUGACUUGUUGGAUCAGCUUACCGGUGCUUGUGUGUUUAGCAAGCUUGAUUUGAAGAGUGGGUACCAUCAGAUUCGGAUCAGACGUGGGGAUGAGUGGAAGACCGCAUUUAAGACGAGGGAAGGAUUGUACGAGUGGUUAGUCAUGCCCUUCGGCCUCUCAAAUGCGCCCAGUACAUUUAUGCGGGUUAUGAAUCAGGCUCUUCGCCCAUUCAUCGGUAAAUUUGUUGUGGUCUACUUUGAUGAUAUUUUAAUUUAUAGUGCUAACGAUGAUGAACAUGUUCGACACCUUCGGGAAGUUCUUUCAGUUCUUCGGUGGGAUAAAUUCUAUGUUGCAGUGAAGAAGUGUUCCUUUCUCACUGAUAAUGUGGUGUUCCUGGGUUAUGUGGUGUCGAAGGUGGGGUUAGCAGUUGAUACAUCUAAGGUAGAGGCGAUAAGUCAGUGA